AUGGCUAGCAAACUGAACGCUUUCUUGGCUGCGGUGCCCGCUAAUGCAAGCGCAUCCAAGUCAUCGCCACCGGCUCUGUCUGCACCACAGUCAGAGCCCCGAGCGACGCCCGAACCCAUCAAGGCGCCAUUGAAUGUACCGCAGACGCAUCACUGCUUCUCGCCGUUGCAGCGUUGCCAGCAGGACUCGGAUUUCUCGAACAGCUGUGACACGGCACAAGACCAACCCGAGGAUGACCGGGUUAUCGCACGGCCGUCGCUACUUAAGAGUUUCAUGGCUACUCAAGCUGCUGCAGCAAAACUGAAGGCGCACAAGGACGAGAUGGCGCCGAACCUCAUGCACUCAAGUAGCUGCACGGAACUAGACGCUCAAUCUGAGGCUGGACCGAUGCGCUUGACCACCGUACAAGGCCCACAUUAUCGUCGUGUCUCGACCGAUACGACGCUGUUUAAUCGCUAUUUGCGUCAACAAGCAGACCGUGAUAUUGGUCAAGAGACAGUGCAACACUUUGCCAAUGUGCCAAUUGUAACUGCUGCUGCAGUAAGGGAAGACAACGUGGACAGCGAGACGAGCGAGGAUUGUAGUGAUGACGCAGAGCACGUUGAGCAAGUGCUGGAUCCACAAGAGAUUUUGGCUCGGUUUCGCGUUGGAGGGACCAUUCCGGUGUCCAGCGCACUGGAGAUUAUACGACGGGCGACGAGUCUCAUGUCGCUCGAGCAGAAUGUCAUAUCGAUCCGUGCGCCGUACACGCUCGUGGGCGAUCUCCAUGGUCAGUUUCAAGAUAUGUUGGAGCUUUUUCGUGUCCACGGCUUUCCUGCGGUCGACAAUCCGUUUUUGUUUCUUGGUGAUUAUGUGGAUCGCGGUGUUUCUUCGUGCGAGAUUAUUCUAUUGUUAUUGGCAUUCAAGGUUGAUGUCCCAGAAAGUGUUCAUUUGCUGCGGGGCAAUCACGAAUGUCGAAGUUUGAGUACGUUUUACGGUUUCCGCGCAGAAUGCCUUCAAAAGUACGGCCCUGCGGUGUAUAACCGCAUGAUCAAAUGCUUUGAGAGCAUGCCACUAGCAGCGCGACUAGAGACCGUUCACGGCACGUUCCUUGCUGUGCAUGGCGGAUUGUCACCGGACAUUACGUUUGUCGAGGAUAUCAACGCCCGAGUGAACCGCUUUAUGGAGCCAGAGCCGAAGGGAGUUUUGUGUGAUUUGCUCUGGUCAGAUCCAGCAAGGGGCGAAGCACAAGAGUAUGAGUGGGCGCCUAAUAGCAUACGCGGCUGUUCCUUUACAUUUAACGAGCACGCAUGCCACGAGUUUCUGAAACGAAACAAUCUCCUUGCUAUCAUCCGGGCACACGAGCUCGAAGAGGAUGGCUACAAAGAGCAUUUUCGCCAUGAAGCGGAUCAUCCAGAAGAUGACACUGGUGGGGAACUAGUGUUGCCCGCCGUUGUGACUGUGUUUUCAGCUCCAGAAUAUUGUAACACAAAUCACAACGUCGGUGCGACUCUAAAGAUUCCAUGGGAAAAGCAGAAUGACCGUUUGCUGCAGUAUCAGCAGCACAAGCGUAGUCGAUAUCCCGAGUUCAAUUACGCUCGUCCAAGCGAAGACAAAGCAGUUAAGGCAUUGCUGAAAGAGCAUUUGCCGUUCUUGCCGAUCGACUUUUACGAUUUGGUAAAUGUGUGCCGGCAAUUACGAUUCACACUUGAUCGGGCCGCCAACAUGUCGUCGUCGUCGCGUUCGUCUGCGAUCAAACCGCUACGAAAAAAAAUGUCGUUCGUGUCCUCGCUAUGUGCGCCAUCCACAACCCUCGAAACGACGAUCCGGGAAGAUGUCGAGCUUCCCAUGUCACCACCUUAUUAUGCUCCCGUGAGUGAUCUGGAGAUUGAGCACAACGCUACCGGCACUUCUGGCGAUUUGUUGCAGGAUUGGGAAAUCGUCGGGGAACCAAAAAGUGUUGAGCCUGCUGGUAUCAUAAAUCUGACGAAGUAUUUAAAAAAUGAGAAGACGGAUAACAAAUUGAAGAGCAAGCUUGAGAAGAAGCACAAGCAGCAUAAGGAUAAGAAGAGCUGGGACACAAACCGAAUCGUGAGCGGGUGGAAGUUUUCUCCUGCUUUCGUGCGCUUCUACGAUCGAUAUUUUGCCCGAGAUAGCGUGAAAAAGUGUGACCCGGAUGUCUCUUCCGCUCCUAGUCAUCCAGGCAAAAGAGUCCCGGGGACAUACAGGUCACCCUCAAGUCGCUCGACUUCCACGGGCGAGGUCGCACUCGGCUUUGAAGCUAAUGACACUGUCGUGGAAACUACCGGUCCUAGUCGACGAAAAAGUAUGACGGAUUGGAUGCCUAUGCCGUCCUUCGAGCAGGUGGCGCGUCUCACUAACACCCUUCAGGGUCACAUCACUAUUGAAGGAAGUGGCGUCAACGUGUUUACAAAGUCACAAUGGCAAGCCUUGAAGUUAUGGUUUUCGAUCUUGGACCUUGAUGGUAAAGGUGUGCUUGUGGAAGAAAGCUUUGUCGUUCUUCUCGCCGAGCAAGAUGCCGAUGCUUACGCAACCGAAGAUGAGUUGAGUCUUUUGAUGGAAGUCAUGGAUUGUAACGCAGAUUCCAGAGUUACUGAGCAAGACUUUUUACUCUUCGCAUACCGCGCUUUGCUGCAAUGGAAGAAGGCUAUGCAUGGUUCUGGUAAGUAG